AUGGCGUCCUACUACGAAAACCAUCCGUACAACACUCAGCGCAGAAGGGCUCAAACCGCCGACUUCUACGAAUCGUCCCACGCAAGCCCCCGUCCAACUCACAACCGUUGGGGCCCCAAUACUGACUUGGUCCGCCCUGAUGAUACCGAGGAUUCCCAGGUUGAAGAGAUCCAACGAGACUUCCCGCCUGGAUUCUCCACUGCUGGUUACCGUCCCGACAAUAGCCAUGGUGCCAUAUAUGAUCGGAGAACCGUGCAUGAGCCGAGUGUGAGACGUACCAAUUCCCUAGGUGGGCGUGGCCGGGAUCGCCGGGGGAACUGCUAUACGGAAGAUGAAUACCAUCGGCGCUCACACCGUCAGGGAGAAGGAACUCGACGUGCCCGAGAUCGUGAUCACCAUUCCCGACGAUCAUAUUCAGGUGAUUCCUCCCGAACCCCAUCCCCGCGACCCAGACGCCGCAAGUCUUUCAGCGAGCAGGCUCUCGCUGCCAUCGGCUUGGGAAGUGUCACCGGAUCGCAUGCAUCAAGGCGUCAUGACGGCGACCGUGGAUUUUAUCGUGACCAUUACGAUCGCGAUUAUGAUCGUUCUCGAAGCCACCAUCGUCGCCGGCCAUACUCUUAUUCCCGCUCCCACAGCCUUGACCGGAAUGAUAACCAGAAGGAUAUCACCCAGGCCCUUAAAGCUGCAUUGACUGCCGGUGCCGCAGAAGCGAUUCGCGCCCGCAAGGAGCCUGGAGGCUGGAGUGGUGAGAAAGGAAAACGAAUAUUGACCGCGGCUAUUGGUGCAGGUGGUGUCAAUAAGCUCCUUGAUGGGCAGUCUGAUAGGCACAGCAAACGUCAUCUCAUCGAGUCCACCUUGGCCGGACUAGCCACCAACCGUUUGGUCAAUGGCCCUCGUUCCCGGUCUCGUGGACGAGCCCGGUCUGAAAGUCGCGGAGCUAAAGAUAUAGCUUCCGCAGGACUCCUGGCUGCCGCUGGCAAAUCUGCCUAUGACCAUUUUCGCUUAAAGCCGCGAGGCCGUGAGGCAAGGUCUGGCUAUUCAUCUGAUUCUGAAGGGAGCCCGGGCCUAUCACGUCGUUCCCGCGGGAGUAAGAAGAGAAGCCAGAGUGUCUCAGCGUACUUGGCCAAGGGACUAGCUGCGUUGGGACUAGGAGACGAGCCAUCUUCCAGCCAUGGUAACAGACACCGUGAAAGGCGCCGGUAUGACGGUGGUACCGACUCAGAUGAUGGGUAUUUGGAUGCGCAUCGGUCGCGGCACCGGCGUAAUCAUUCCCGCGAUAACUACUCAAGAGAUGUAGGUCGCCUGCGUCCCACUUUCUCCUCUCCAUCCUUCCGCGAAACAGGCGCCAUGAUGCCCAUCGCUGGCGGCACUGGCACAUUUUCUGCUCUUCCCAAGCACCACCCCCAUCCCAGGUCCUCUUCACAGGCCUUCCAUCACCGUAAUUCCACCAGUUACGGUGGAGAUAACACUGAUUCUAACCUUUCCUCCCUUAGCACCGAUACAGAAGAGCGUACUCGUAAAAAGCUCCUAAGGCGCGAGGUCCUCACCACCGGCCUUGCGACCAUCGCCACCGUCCAUGCCGGCCACGGCGUCGUCAAGAGCCUCAAGAAACGCAAGGAACGCAUUGCCAAGCUUCGUGACGGUGAGAUCAGCGCUGACGAGGCACGGAGACAACGUGCCAAAAAUAAUAUGAAAGACGCGGCGAGUAUUGCUCUGGCAGCGAUUGGAAUCAAGGGAGUAGUUGAUGAGUGGAAGGAUGCAGCCAAUCACCAUGCAGAGAAGAAUUCGUUUAAGGCAAACUUAAAGCAUAGGAGGGAGAUGAGGGAGAGAGGGAUGGCAAGGCAGCUUAGAGCAAGGAGUUGGAGUCCGGAUGAUCGUUAUGAAUGA